AUGGAAAGAGCAGGAGACAAGCACGGCCAGGACCAGAAAUCAGACUUCAGAGCACAGUCAUGUCCUGCCCUUGGCGAGGAGGUCACCCACGUCUCGACGCUGCCCUCACUCUCACGGCCCGCCGUUGUAAUUGCUCUAUUUUUGCUUCAAGGGCAGGUCGGGUCGGGUGGUCGGAGGAAGCGACGGGAAAAGGAGGGAGGCACCGCCCCGGCGGCCGGAGGACCGAGAGGUUCCCAUCCAAUCUUUCCCAUUUCAAAGGCCUUGUUAAUAACGGGCAUGGCAUUCUCCAUCGUUGAUGCCUCAUACCGACCUCGUGCCCUCUCUUACAGCGCCCCGACCUCUCUUCUCCCCCUUCCCCUACCCCUCCGGACUACCACUGCAACUCCCCUCCCCGUUCUCCAUCCAUCAUCGCGACCAUGA